CGUGGCGACGGGUAGUUGCUCACCAUGUUCUUACACAUCCCGCUUAUCUCCCGCAACCUUUCAGCCCCACGACGCCCAUUUCUUCUCCCGUGGCUCCAUGCAGGGCCGUAAUUGCUCUCGCUUGAGUCCCAUCAGAACGAGCACGUUGAAUGCUUAUUACAUUAACACACCGCUGCCCCUGUCAUUUCCAUGCCUUUACAAUGUGGCCGUCGCUCUGAACCGCUCAACGUGCAUUUUAAUAUCUUGUGCCAAUGCAUUCGUUACAGAGAAGACGCCUGCGCUCAAGUUCGAUUCCAUCCAAGAACUGUCGCCAUAGGCUUGAAACAUGGACGUAGCAAUGGUGGAUUCGAGCUUGGACCAUUCAUUCUUUGAUGACGCCAUAGAAGCAAUACACAACACCAUACUGCAAGAACAUCGUCAGCAUUUCGAUCAUCGUAUCAGCUCAACAGCCCUGCUCGAAGAGCUCCGUCGUACUUCCGCUGGCAAUGGGUCGGCAGACCGAAGACUAGUCCUCUGCAGUCGAAAGUUUACACUGUUCAUUCACACCUUUGCACCCUACUUCGAUGUACUUGGCACGUGCGUCGAAUUGCAGCCAGCAUGGGCAGGCUGGUUUUGGGCAACGGUUCGUUUAGUCUUUAAGAUGAGCGGUGACUACGUGCUUGUCCUGGAGAAAAUUGCCGAUGUACUUGAAACUAUUUCGCAAAUCAUACCUCCUUAUCAAGAAGUCUACAACAUCUGCAAGCGUAACGGAGCCGAGUCCCAUGGCGAGGUUGAAGAUCGUCAUCUGGCUGCACUUUUGUCUUACGUGUACGCGGAUCUUGUACAGCUGUUCUUGGAGCUAUAUCGCAUCUUCUGUCGUGGAGCACAAAGUACAUCCGUCAGUUGUAUGAACGUCCUCCACAGUGAGACACUAUGGCGACCCUUCGAUUCCCGGUUUGCCCACAUUGAAAUACGGCUAGGCCAGCACAGAAGGUGGUUAGAAACAGAAACCGCGAACCAGACCCAAUACUACGCGGACAUUUCACAGCACCGCAGAAGUUAUAUCGAAUUCUUGCAGCGUCAAAACGGAGUCACACUCAACGGUCGUGUGGAGCAAGAUGAGCAACGGCUUGCGAAGCGGUUGAGGAGAGUGGAGAAAGUACAACAUUGGCUGUCGUCUUCUACCUCGAUUGCCACAAGGUCUCUGGGCACUCAACAACCUUAUCAAGAGUCCUGCGCUUGGUUCUUGCGUAUUACCGCAUACGCCCAAUGGAGGAGUCGGCGCUUUGAUAGCAGCAUCGCAAAUGACCAGGAAGCUUUACUUGGCAACUGGCAACAUCGGGUGCUGUUUGUGCAGGCGAAAUCUGGCUUUGGGAAGACCGUCAUCUCGCAUUCAGUCGUUGAGAAUCUGGUCGGCGAAGCGGACGAUCCUGAUCUGUGCGACGAGCCACCGGUCACUGCAAGCUACCGUUUCAACCACCUCCUGUCCGAGAAUAAUCAAUCUGAAAAUGCUUUUCGGGCCAUGGCAUGCCAGCUGCUUCACGCUCGUCGGCACGACCGAUCAACUUUGGAUACUGUCAGCCUCUUGUUGCGGAAAACGUCCUUUCGAGAGCAUGCCACCUCUGAUGAAGUGCUCGAUGUUCUUCUGCUUCUACUUCGGCAGCACCCCACUUUCCUUGUACUUGAUGGCAUCGAUGAGUGCCGCGAUACUGAUACGCUCCUCGCAUCGUUAGCAAGACUUUGUCGUGGAUCUGACACAAGAGUUAUCCUCUUCAGCAGACCGAAUUUGAAGAUACCACUUGAGUAUCAGAAAUGGGCUUCAGAUGCUCCUCACAUUCUCUCGCUUACCAGUCAAGACAACGUUGUUGCUAUCGAUCAAUUUGUAGUGCCAGAAAUGAGUCGGCUAGCAGAUCAAGGCUUCUUCGGUAUCUCUAUGGAUCGAAGACUCAUCUCGGAAGUCGCGAGGACGGCAGAUGGUGAUUUUCUCUGGGCCAACAUGCUAUUGAAACUCCUUCAAUCGCCACUACUGUCGUCGGAUGAACGACUGGAUGUUCUUCGGGGCAUGCAUUCAAUACGGGACCUGGAAUCGCUCUUCCGCAUCAUGUUCGACGCAUUAGCACGCCAUCCAUCGACAGAAAAACACGUCAUCGUCGACACUUUUCGGUGGCUGUCUUUUCCAAUCAACCGCAUGUGCUCGGGGGCACUACACGCUGCUCUGAACACAUACAACCCCGAUGUUCCCGAUGGUUCGCAUACGACCGAUAUCAUACAAGCCUUGCCCGAACUGACAUGUGGUCUUCUCCGCCUUGUCAACGACGAGGUCGCUUUCACCCACGAAUCCAUACGCGAUUACCUUCUCGACCCAAAAUCUCAAGGCUCAGACUUCAGUCUUUGCAAUGCGAGCAGCGUCCAUGGCCACCUUGCUGCGCGAUGCCUAUCAUAUCUCGCUCACGACAUACCAAAACGUCCUCUCGGUGCCUUGCAGCCUCACAGUCCAGCUAUGCCACCUACAAUGCCUACAAGUAGUGGCGCGAGCCAAAGAACAAGCGCGUCAGUAGACAGCGGAUACAAGUCCCUAUCUUCAUCAGACGGAGACAAUAACAUCCAUGCAGUGCCGAAUAUACCAACCCAACACAAUAGCUCCAGGGCGAAUAGUAUCCGCACUGUACCUUUCGAUACCCAUUUGCCCUUCCUACGAUAUGCAGCGCUCUGCUGGCCUAUACAUCUAAGCCGCGCUCUAUCGUCAUCUUCACAUUAUACCACACCCUCUCCAGCAAAUACACUGGCCUACCUACCCGCCUUGGGCGCCUUCCUAGCUUCUCGUAUUGCCGUCACCGCCUGGGUCGAAGCUUCCUUUCGGUACAGCUUACCGCCCACGCUCACUCGUCUCAUCGGCCCGUUGUCAGAUCUGAAGGGUGAGAUAUCACCGGCUACUGUGGAGGGCAAAGAGCUAAGGCUAGUGGUUACUGAGACGAGGGUUCUGAGUGAGAGACUGGUGGAACUGAAGAGAGAAUAUGAGGGCGUCAUGAGGCGGAAUCCGAGUUUGAUUUGGCAGAUGGAUGAGCCAGGUGGGAAUGCUUAUUGGCCAGUUUGGGAAGAUAUUUUUGCAAACGGGAGUGGAAGGUAACGAAGUAAGCGCGCAAGACUUUGUGCUGGUACUUUCUGGAAUGAUGGUGGCAGUGAUUGGUAUGUGUAUACACAUAGUUUCUUGGUGGAUGGCGUUUUCUGCUGGGUCUCGA